AUGACAUGGCUUCGCUGGUGCUUCUGCUGCUUCUUCUGGGCUGAAGCCCUGGAUGUCGCCGAGUACUACAGCGCCAGCGGAGUCGACUGUCCUUUGCCUGGAACCGGGGAGGACUCGGAUGUCACCGUGGAUGUCACGGUGCAGUGGCCGACUGGGGAGGCGUUGGUGCCACGAUGUCUUCUGCCGAAAGACAACACCAACUACUUGCCGCAGAUCUUGGACUUUUACCCCAAGGUUGGUGUCGCAGGCGAGACGGUGCUAGUGGAGAUUCUGGGCCGACGCUUUCCUCACAUCCUUGCGGCUGAGAACAAGUCCGUGGUGGAGUGCUCCCUGGGUGGAGACGGCUACCGUGCCCCGGCCACGCUGCUCAGCGACAAGCGAGUGAUUUGCAACGUGUCCUCCCACGUGGCUGGCGAACAGAAGCUGGGCCUAGUCUUCGCAGGCAUGCUGCAGGCUUAUGCGCGAAAAUUGAUGACCUUCGGCAAGGUUGGCGCGCCGACCCUCCAGGCAAGCACCAUCGACGAGGAGGACUCUGAGGAGUGCAAGGAUACGCAGGUUUUCUGCCAGCCGCCCCCUCCGGAACCGGCCCUGGUCGAGGUGCCGACGCAACGUAGCCAGGACGUGUCACCAGCCGUGGCGACAUCCAACGCCCAGGAUGUCGAUAACUUGUACUCUGUGUGGGAGGUUGUGUCGGUAGUGCCUGACACGCUGCCCAUCGAUAACUCUGCUUAUGUCGUGACUUUCUCUACGCCGCCUGAGCGCGGCCUGGCCUGUCGCCUGUACCCCGACGGCGAGAUGGUCUUUGCGUCCCAACUCACCAACGUGAGCAUCACCUGCAAUCUGGCCGUGGGUGCGCCGGGCUCCUAUGCCCUGCAGGUUGGAGAGGCGCCCGAUUUCAACUUCCUUACCCUGCCCGUGGGGAUCGAGGUCUUUCGCCAACCUUCGUUGCUACAGAUCUCGCCAGCGCAGGUGUACCCGGGCCAAGUCUGGACUUUGCACCUCUUGGCCACGGAGUUUCCAGAGCAGCGCAUGACCUUCUCCAGCUUCCGAUGCAAGGUCGGCAGCCGGCUGGUGCCGGGAGAGGUCUCCACGAGUCGGGUGGCUUCCUGCCAGCUCUCGGUGGCUGACGUGGAGGCUAUCGGCCCGGGCCGGCACUUCGUGGAGGUCUUGCCCGAUGGGAUCCACGAGACCAGGUCUGAGCCGCAGGUCUUGCUGGAGGUGUACCCGGAGAAGGCGCAGAUCGAGUCUUUGCCAGCUCCCAAGCCUUCAAAGACCUCUUGCGCCUUUCGUGUAUACGCCAUGGCCAUGUACCAAGUGCAGGGUGGCGAGCGUGGGAUCAUCGUGCGCGGCACUGCGGACUUGGUGUCGCCUCAGCUGGGCCGAGUGUCCACUGGUGCCAUCCUUAAGGAAGUGGAGCUUUGUGAGGGGCGGAUGUCCUAUGAGCUGGUGUCCGGCACAGGUCCGGCCAAAGGCUGGGUCACCAUGAACCUGAAGGGCAAGGACCUGCUGCUGAAGCUCGAGAAGGAGGAGGUCACGGAGGUGUCCACCAGCGAGGGCGAGUCCAGCGAGCCGAAGGAAGAGCUGCCGGAGGAGGAGGCGGAGGCCUUUCAGCAGUACCUGGAGAAGUUCGGGGAGAACCGCUGCGGGGGCCCGGGCUACAAUCGCAAGGCCUUCCCUUGGGCCACAGGCACCGCCCCGCCCAAGCGCUCGCAAAACCAGGAGGAGCUGGAGGCGGCCCUCAGCGCUCCAAAGCCCAAGGUGGAAAAGAAGGCUCGCCGCGGCGCCACCGCGACAGACUCGGACGGUGAGGAGGUGCCCUUGUGCUGCAGGUGCCACAUGCCUGUGGGGGAGUUUGCCUACGAAGGUCGUGAGGGUCGUGGCAGCUGCGUGCACGCGGAGUGCAUGGCCCAGAUUUUGGUGGAAGAUGCUCAGCGUCAGGAGGAUCGAAGGGCCGGCUGGGAGAACGAGAAGAAGCUCCGGAGCCGCAAGGAGUACGACAUCGGCUGGCGCAUGGAGAGCGUCCCGAAGAACGGCCCCUGGGCCCAGCGCUUCGGCCUGGAGGUCUCCGAGCGGGGCCUCGUAGCCUUGGUCCUGGACGAGGCAUCGAAGACGGUGAAGGCGGCGCCAACCUUGGAGCCGGCCGCCGGCGUGAACUUGGAGUACCUGCUCUUGGCUCUCAAGGUUCGCAAGACGGCGUCUCGCGAGCCGCUCUUUUCCCUGGACCCCGUGGACCCCCAGAACUUGGAGAAGACGCCGCAGAAGAAGAUGUAUGAGCCCAGCUGGCUGGCAGGCACCAGUGUGGGAGAUGUCAUGUUCCAGGCGGACUACUUCCUGAAAGAGCUGGCCCUUGGAGAGUAUGAAAUGCCAGUGGCUGGCAUGCUGAGCGUGUUCGAUUGGUCGGAACUGUCCGACAAGGACAAGGCCUGGGCGGGCCGCGAGUGGUUCGUGGUGCGGAAAGCGGAGGUGCGACUCGCGGAGGACAAGACCUUGGUGCCCUUCGUGAAGAUGGGGGUGGAGGCCCGGGAGCAGGUGGUCACCAAGAAAGGAUUGGAGGAUGCGCCAGUCACCACAUCCAACCACCCCCUGAAGAAGUUUGCGGAUGCCUUCAGCCGCCACUUUGAUCUUAUCGCAGAGCGGAAGAGCGUGGUCUUCCACCUCAGGGAGUUGGCCAAGGCCUCGGUGAUGGCCAAGUACCUCGUGGACUCCAAGAUCCGUUUGGACCCCCAGUGGUACAAGAUGGCGGACGAGAUCGUGAAGUCCACCAAGAAGGAGGCCCAUCCGGAGAUCCCUCAGCUCUGGAACAUGCGUGGCAACUCCCGGAUCCAGCUCAAGAACGGCCGCCUCAUCGACAUGUUCACUGGCGGCCAGAAGAACCUGCAGGCCAUCUACGGCGGCGUGGAGUUCGGUUUGGACCGCUUCGAGCUGGCGCAGCGCCAUGCGCUGCAGGGCCAGACGGGGAUGCAGCUGGGCCAGUCGGGUCGGCCCAUGUUCAUGCCCCAGCGCUUCCAGCUGGGCCAGCGUGCCGAGAUGCCCCAAGGUGUGGAUCUCAACCUGGACAAGUUCGACCUGAGCCGCGUGGACCGCUUCACCAACUUGGCCCCCCACAGCGCUGCUCCCGACAGCGCGGCGGCACGGGUCACCUUGGGCCGCGCCUUCCUGCGGAGCCUGCAGCAGGGACUCGACCUGAAGCCGGAGCACCGCGAGAUCUUGGUGAAGGUUUUCCAGUCGCCACAGUGCGACCGCACGGAAGAGGGCAAUUCCUUCAUCCCCCCGGACCCCAACAUGGAGUACACCUCUCGGCUGCGCAGCAUGGUGCAUGAGGAGAAGUCAUUGCUGGAGCGCCGUAAGUUGCGCUUCUGCGACAAGGGCUUCAUCGUGGGUAACGCCGGACAAGACUUCCCCAGGUCUUGGACCUCGCGAUUUCAGAUCGAGAAGGACGGGCACGCGGCCAAGCCGGGGGUGAGCCCUACGGGACUGAACAAGGUGGAGGUGGACAGCACCUUCGCGGCGAAGUUGGUGAAUGAAGUCCUGCCCGCUGCGGCGCCCGAGUUCCAAAAGUCCACGGAGGAUGGCACCAUCUUCCGCAUCUAUCACAUUGGCAGCUUGGAGAUUCGCACCACGCAGGAGAAGGACAAGGAAGAGAAGGUGGGCGUCGUGUACUCGGGCAAGGCCGCCGGAACAAGUCUCGUGAUGUCCUCCUCCGCGGAUUUGCCGGAGCACGAGAGGCUGGAGGAGAUCAAGGUCUUCCUCGAGCCAGCGGAGGCUUCAGGCAGCCAGCCCCACUUCUACGUGGUUUGCCUGACCGUGAAGAAGAACAUCAUCGUCUCCGAGAUGCUGGCGAACGGCACCACCACCUUCGUGGUGAACCCCAAGAACUUGGAGGACCGGAACUCGUUGGCCAAGCACAUGUUCCGUGCCGACUGCCUCAACCUCACGCUCAAGGACCUCAAGGAUCUGAAGAAGGCGCAGUGCGCGGGCGGAGCUGUCUCCAUCUCUGCGCGGAAGCAGUACGUGAAGUCUGUCUUCAGCAAGCUUACGGGGAAGAGCUUCAAAGGCAAGUGGGGGGGCUUCAUCCGCCGCUACGCGGGCCCCGCGGUCUUCCUGGGGGGGCCCCCCAUGGCGAUGCCUCGCACGGGUGGCCUGGGCAACGGCACCUGGUCCAGCGACCUCAUGUCUUUGCGCUCGCGUGGUGGCCUGCUCUACGUGAAGGGCCAGCGCCUGCCCAAGGAUGCCGACUGCAUCUUCGGCGAAGACAAGCCACUGGAAGGCCUCUAUGCGGUCUACGCUGCAGCUGUGUACUACAACGAAACCACAAUCUCCUGCAUCAUCCCACAGGAGGCGCCAGCGGGCGGCUCCGUCUUGUUCCGCCUCGCUGCUGCGGGUCAGAUCGUGGAUGUGGACCACCCCACCUCCAACAUGCGGCUGGCGAUUGGAGAGCAGCUUCAGAAUGUGGACCCGCAUGCCGGAACUGUAUUCCUGCGCGAGCGCAGCGAGAUCUUGAUAGGCGGCAUGCCGGCGGGCUUCGGGCGGCUGAGCCCCUACGAUGGGGGCGGCUCCUGCGCCCUGGGCCCGCCAGACGAGCACUUCAACCACACCAAGGAAGAGCAGAGCUUUGGUCCCCACUGCGCGGGCUGCGGUGCGGUCUGCAGGGCCACCCCCAAGCACCUGCCAGAAGUUGAGCUGCGAAUGAGGAUGUCUGGCACCGCUGGUUGGCCCGGCGGCGCCAUGCAGUUGUUGCCCUCCCUGCCAGCUCUUGGGGACUUGCGGAUGACGCCCAGAGAGGCGUUUGCUGAGGACGUGCAGCUGCGUUUCAGAGGAGAAGGCCUUCAGGACUACGUGCAGAUGUUUCCACACCGCUUCUCCUGUCACAUCGGCCCGGAUUUGGCAGCUCCCGCCUCGCUGGUACGUGGGGACUGGCCACUGAGUUGCCAUUUCCCGGACCUUGGCGCCGUGAAAGGCUUGGAGGUCCGAGUGCAGCUGGUCUUCAGCCAUGCCGGCAUUCAGAAGAACCUGGGGCCAGCAUUCCCUUUGACUCUGCGUCUGCGGCCGGUGGUCUCCGCGGUGUCGCCGCCCCUGGCGCUGGCGCAGCUCGCCACGCCUCUGGCGCUCCAAGUGGCGCGGCUGCCCGCCUCCGCGCAGCUGCGGUGCGAUUUCGGCAGGUUCGGCACCUCCUUGGCCAUCGCGACGGGCUCGUCCGUGCACUGCCGCGCCCCGGCGAUUUCUUCGAAGACCGCGGCGGGGUCGCUGCAGCUGCGGGUGGCGAUUGAGGAGAACUUUCGGCAGCAGAUUGUGGUGAUGGCAGUGGAGGACUUUCGGUGGAUCGCGGCUCCAGCAGACCCAGUAGUGGAAGCUUUGCCGCCCUACACUGCGCCGCUGGGAGCUGCUGUGUUUCUGGAGUGGAAGAGCCACGCGCCCCUCUUUGAGGUUUUGGCGCGAGUGCCCUACCGCUGCAGCUGGCGCCAGACGGAGAUGGGGGAUUUGAGCACCGCCGUGUUGGCGCUGUCUCCGCAGAUGGCGCGUUGCCAAGUGCCCUUGGCCUCCGUGCCGCACGCAGUGGCCGUGCGAUUGGAAGAUCCCACGGGACAGGUGCUGGUGGAGGGUCCCCUCUUCCGCUACUUCGCGCCUUUGCGGGGCACCUGGUGGCUACCCGAACGCAUCACCACCAGCUCCGUGCUGCGCUUCCAGACCAACGAGGCGAGCUACCCCGACAUGGCCUAUGGCCAGCCGCUGCCCGGCGUCUCCAUCCACUGCCAGUACGGCCACGUCCGGCGCCUUUGGCGAUAA